AUGUUUAAGGCCUUAAAACAGAUGUUUUCUCCAAAGAAAAAGAGGCCGGCAUCUGCUCCAAAGCUAGUAUUUAAGAACAGACCAAAGCUAUCUAUAGAAUCUUUUAAAUUUAUAAAAACACUCGGAACUGGUGGUUUUGGCCGCGUAUUUUUGGCUGUUCCAAAUGAAGGCUUACACAUACCGAGCCCAUGCGCAAUCAAGAGACUAAAGAAACACCCCUUGAUAGUCCAGAAGCAGAUAGAUCACGUGCUUUCUGAGAAGCGUUUACUCGGUUCAGUUAAUCAUCCGUUUAUCGUGAAUAUGAUUGGCACAUUUAAAGAUGACUAUUACCUCUUUAUUGUGAUGCAAUACGUUCGUGGCGGUGACUUUUUUUCGUUCUUGAGAAAGACUGACCGUCUUAAAAGCGAAGACGCAAUGUUUUAUGCAGCACAGGUUACGCUUAUGUUCGAAUAUCUCCAUUCUAAUCGUAUAAUUUAUCGUGAUUUAAAGCCAGAAAAUUUGCUAUUGGAUAGCAGUGGAUACCUUCUCUUGACAGAUUUCGGAUUUGCCAAAGUUGUAGAGUUCAGGACAUAUACGCUUUGUGGUACUCCUGAAUAUAUUGCACCAGAAAUUUUACUCAACAAGGGCCACGGAAAGGCUGUAGAUUGGUGGACAAUGGGUAUUUUGAUUUAUGAAAUGCUCGUUGGAUACCCUCCGUUCUAUGACGAGGACCCUAUUUCUAUAUACAAGAAGAUUUUAGAAUGUAGAUUAUCUUUUCCCGUUUUUUAUAAUAGCAACGCCAAAGAACUCACUCAAAAUCUGUUGGCGUUCGAUCCUUCAAAGAGGUUCGGUAAUUUGCACAAGGGGGUAGAUGAUGUAAAGGGCAGUGCCUGGUUCCAUGGAGUGGACUUUGACAAGCUCUUGCACAGAGGCAUAAAACCUCCACACGUUCCGGUAAGUUGUCUACAUCACAUAAUACGUUUGCAGAAAUAUGACGACGAUAGCUCUGCCAACUACCCAGAAUCAGUCGAAAAGCCAAAGGCAGUUGUUGGAAACGCGGAUCCCUUUGUUAAUUGGUGA